GAACUAAUGUUAACUAGCUUUUAGCGACAUCUACAUUUCGCACUACCUUAUAUUAUAAACAAACACGGCAAGGCCUUAGUAAGCGGUAGGGCUAGUAGCUAAAGUAGCGUCUAAAGGCACGGCUGCUUUCGUAAUGGGGCGAAGGUAACGAUAGCCUACUUUAUAAACCGUGAAAGUCACUUUCGCGUAAGUUAAUGUGUCUAGGUUUAGUCUCAUUCUAGUGGACUGUUAGCUGGGCAAGCUACAAGGUGAGAAAUUCUUUCAACUGUUCUUCUGAGCUCUGUGUGUCGUGCCAAAUUGCUGAUAUGUCACACCCCAACAAGGAGUGCGACGGCAGCGCGGUACCUGGCCGUGUUCAUGUGAUCGACUUAUAGUUGGGAAGUGCCCUGAAGUUUUUGUGCUGUUAUCUGUGCCGGUGACGCGCCAAAUAACCACCAUGUUCAACGGCGCCGACGUGCUCGCCAGGCGCACGACGCAAACGACGGUGCCCAAUAUGCCGCCGCUAUUCCCGUUCUGUGAGCACGCGCCCAACUCCGAUCAUAUCGUCGUGCGACAUCGUCGCACCAGCUCGUGCGACGACCUGAGGCUCGACGACGACCAUCAGCAGCAUCGGGGCUCUCCGCCUUCCUCGUCGUCGUUGUCGUCUUCGUUCGGUUCAUUCGCCGCGUCAGCGUCAGUACCAGCCGCCGCCGCUGGCGCUAAGCAACCACCGCCGUCCCCGGAAAAGGUCAGGACUAAGUUAAUGUCAGUGUGGAACAACGUUCGCUACGGCUGGACGAUGCGCAAGAAGGCCAACUUCAGCGACGAAGAGGCCAUCUGGCUCCUGGGCGUCAUGUAUCACCGCAAGAUACAGACGAAGAGUUCGACGCCUCUCUGGUCGUGCACGUCGUCUAUGUCCUCGCAGAAGUCUUGGACUCCCAUGACGCUCGCGUCCAGGCCGAUCUGGAGCCAGUCUGAGCCGGCGGUGGACGAGGACGACGGCAGGCUCGCGAGCUACGAGCUGUUCCUCGAGGACUUCUCGAGCCGCCUGUGGUUCACCUACCGGCGCGAGUUCCCGGCCAUCCCGGGCACGGACAUCACCUCGGACUGCGGUUGGGGAUGCAUGCUUCGCAGCAGCCAGAUGAUGCUCGCGCAAGCUGUGGUGACACACGUCCUCGGCCGUAACUGGCGCUACCGCAGGAACCGCCAGACCGAGGCCUCCGACUACAUGCAUCGCACCGUCGUCAGGUGGUUCGGCGACCGCACGGCCGACGCAAGCCCCUUCUCGCUGCACAAGCUGGUGCAGAUGGGUCACGAGAGUGGCAAGCGGGCGGGCGACUGGUACGGUCCGUCCAGCGCCGCCUACAUCCUCAAGGAGGCCCUCGAGGGGGCCUGCCAGAUGGAGCGCCUGCUGGGGGACCUGCGCAUCUACGUUGCGCAGGACUGCACCAUCUACCUGGGGGACGUGCGGGCGCUCUGCCGGGGCACCAGGCCUGACGGGACGCCGCUGUGGCGCUCGCUCAUCAUCCUGGUGCCCGUGCGCCUGGGCGGCGAGCACCUGAAUGCCACGUAUAUCCCGUGCGUCAAGGGCAUGCUGUCGCACCCCAACUGCAUAGGUGUCAUCGGUGGCCGGCCGCGCCACUCGCUGUACUUUCUCGGUUGGCAGGGUGAAAAGGUGGUCUAUUUGGACCCUCACUAUGUUCAAGAAGCAGUCGACGUAGGCACACAAGAUUUUCCUCUUGAUUCCUUUCACUGUUCGUGGCCUCGGAAGAUGUCCUUCUACAAAAUGGACCCGAGCUGCACAAUGGGCUUCUACUGCAAAACAGAGGACGAGUUUGAGCGGUUUGUGAAGGACGUCAAGCUGCUGGCGGUGCCGACGGAGUCGAGGCACGAAUACCCCGUCUUCCUCGUCUCUGAAGGGAGCUGCGUGGACCAUACAGACACAUCGGAAACCGACGGAGCAGACUUUGCCCAGUUCCUCCAGGAUCUGAAGGAAAGCUCGGACCGCUCCCACUCGGAAGAGUACAUCAUACUCUGAGCGUCCCUUUUGAUUUGAUCAUAUUUGCCUAGUGCCUGCUAACUCUGCACUGCUAUCUCACCUGAAAAGGUGUUUGCCGCUGAAUAUAAAACUCGGGUUCUCCUAUUAAAAAAAGCCACACGCACCUCUAUAACCUCCAUAUCCAAUAUAAUCCCGUGCAGUAUGUUAUAUAAAGAAUUGCAUGCGUCCCAUAUAAAAGCCUGUGUUAUCUCAUUCGAUCAUAUGGUACUGCAUGAUGUGGAGGAAAUGGGUGCCCCAUAACCUCCAUAUGUCAUACUCCCCACAUUUUUACCCAUUUUUAUAUUAGAUCCUCUAUAAAAAGCACUGUCAUAUUCUGUAAUCUUGUGAGAUUGUUGGAUAAUCCCAUAUUUUUAUAGGUUUUUAGGCAGGAUCCCAUGUGGGAUGCCAUGCAUAUAUGAUCCUGUAUGAUCCCGUGUAAUUUUUGGUAUUAACCUCCAUGUCCAGUCACCACAUAUUUUUAUAGGUUUUACAUAUGAUUCCAUAUAAAAAUCUCCAGUCACCAUCAUAGGGUCAUAUGGGAUUGUUGAAUAUGGAGGUAUUGUGGUGUAUGGUUUUUUUUUUUUAUAGAGUGACAGCACCUUGGCUGGUAAAAAAGCUAUGUUGACCUCUCUUACUGAGAUGAUGCAACACAAUUAAAGUUUGAGAAAGUUGGUAAUUGUGUGAUAUUGUGAUAAAAAGGAAUUUGGUGCGGCGCUGGUAUCUCUCGGAUGGCAUAAAAGAUGCGAGUUUUUUUCUGCAUUUUAAACAGCAGGAGCUUUCAGCAUCUGUCCUGCAUUACAAUGCAAGAAAAUUUUGGGGAUCCAGUGUUUUCAUUAGUGUGCCGUGGAUAUGUCAUGCUAUACUAGUCUCAGACACGUAUCAACUUCUAAAAUUACAUUAUCGUUCUCAUAUGGGAACACUGCAGAAUUGUAAAAAGAAAAGACAGAGUUAUUGAUUUUAGUGAUAUUUGUCUUUUGUUAUUUGUACUGGUUACAUUAAAUAUGAUUCCAACCAACCUCUCUCAACCAUCCCUUCUUUUUUUCUUUUUUGUGAGAAGGGCUGGUGUCGUCGUGUGGUGUAGAGGCUCAAGUUUUACCAUAUUGACCAGUAAUAAUUGUAUAGCGGGUUUGUUAUAUGUUGCGAAGUGGCAGAGUUUGAAAAGCAUCUGCUUGUUUUAUAAGUUUUGUUGAAUGAAAUGUGUGGUUAUGGUGUCAUCCUAGGUGGCGCCACGAUCGCUACAAGCACCGAAACAUGGUAGAACUCCAUCAGGUGCUGUGUACACAGCGUUAGUACUUCAAAACGAAAGCACUGAUGAAAAUAUUAUUAUUUAAAAUGUGUCUCGAACAUCUUCAAACACUUUCAAUUGGAGCUGAUCUACAAGAUUGAAUAAUAUGUGUAAGUUGUUUUAGCAGAAUAAGUUGGAAGGCGUCUGGAUGUUUACGUUCGGAAUCAGUAUGUAGGUGGGUUCGCUUCUUUUAUUGUUUUUCACAAUGUCAUACAUCAAGCUGACAUUUCAAGUGGUUAGAUGGGUACUUUCCAAGUAUGCGAGACAUGAAAUAGUUUAUGUCCUCAUAUUUGAUGUUUCUGUAGAAAGUUCUCGCAAGGAGGCCUCAUUCUGUAAACUUGACAAAGCCCACUGAAGAAUGGAACUUUUUUUUCAUCCAUUCUGCAGCAGUAUGCUUUUCAUGAUUCUGAAGAUGCAAAAAAUCUGGUGAAACAAAACUUUCAAUUGACAGAGUGGUGCCUGAAGGGGUUAAUGUUAUAAUUUAAUGCACAGGGACAUGAUUUAAUGUUGUGGUAAUGCAGUGGAACUUAGUUUAGUGAUAUAUUUUAAUGCACAGAAACAUGGUUUAAAUGUAAGGACAGCUACUAGCUGUCAAGCGUCAGUGCCCAUUAAGUGGGAGACCACCUGAAAUCAUUGUGAACUUAUAAUGUGAGAUUUAUUACAUGAAGUGAACGUCACAAUACCAAUCAUCUGUCAAGUAUUCCAUAUGUCCUAUGUUUAUGUAGGGGAACAUUUGAUACAGCUCGACACUUUUUUCUGCUUUUCUAAUCGCUAUAUACAAGGGAGCUUUGCAAACAUCUUAUAAUCUUACCUGACACCUCAUUGCUAUGCAAAGUGUUAACAUGUAUUUACUCUAACCAUUACCAGCACAUUUUCUUUCGUUACUGCAUUCAGAUAUCAUUAUUGCCUACGGAGUUUCUUUUUACACAUUUCCUGGGCAUUUUAAUUCGAUUAAAUCUUGGUCUUGGUACAUUUUUCUUCAGAAGUUUUUAUAUGAGGAAGCGGAAGCCAACCUAAUGUUUAGGAAGGCCUUAUUUUUCACAAGUGAUGUCAGUAGUCACAAAGCACAUAUGACUGAAGUCUCUAAUACUAACUUUGUCUUUCAACUUUUCUUUGUAUCUUUUUGCUGCGUUAAAUGCCUCGAUCGAGGCUGUCUUAAAGGGUCCCUCCAACACAAAAACUACUCCUUUUCUUUCCUUGUCUGCACAGAGUGGUGGCUGUAGAUGUCGGCAUCUGUCACAGCACCCAUAUCACUUAUUUAUUACCUCUCCAAGAAAUCAAGAUACUGGCGCCGAUACCAUCACCACCACACAGCAUCAACCACUGUAAAAGGAAGUAAUGUAAUCUAUAGUGUCUCUGACUCGUUAAGCCUAAAUUGUGUCAGUAAUGUUCCUAAUCAAUUCCUACGUGUUAAGGCACGACAAGCCUUUCCAAUUAUUAAGCCUUUGAAAUUCAUGUAUGCACAUGAGAAAUGUGGAGAAGUGCUGCUCCAAAGUUUUGUAGAGGCUCUGACUACCCAACCCCUCUUCAUCCAGUGGUUUUCCUGAAGGCUUGUAAAAACCAUGAGCCUUCUUUAAUACUCGCUGGUAAGCUAGUCGGUUUAUCUUGCAGAUUAUGUAGUCUUUGGCGGUAAUUAGAUAACACCUGAGAAGACGAGCCGCUGCCCAAGAGUGGAGAGAAAAGGGGAGUCGGCUCUUGGAAAGAAUCGACUUAAUGGUGCAUUUGCAGCGAGUGGCAUUACACAUGGUCCGAGCAUCGACACCAGCUGUUUUCUGCCAGCGUUUAGACGUGGCACUCUUUUCAUGGCCUUUCCCUGAGCUUACUUUUGCUUAGUAGGGGUAACCAUGUGGCAUCAGUUCCUACCAAUUACCACAGAGUCGGAUGACGAAGAGGCAAACUCGCGUGCGAGCUUUCUUUACGUGUGCACAGUUGGCACUUGGUAUUGCUGCACACGGCGAUGUCGGUGGGCAAGCGGAAAGAGCAUGACAGUUUCCACACUGGCAUCUUCAUGUGAAAAUUCGAGUUGAGUGCAACUUUAUUAUUUGUUUUUAUAUCGAAAUUCUUCUACUGGAUAACCACCGACCACAUGCACCAAUUUCCGUCAUUCCCUUUUCGUUUGCCUCCACGCACCAUUGAAAACCGUAGUUUAAAUCAUAUUCAGCAGUGCCUAGAAAAGUGUUGGGGGGUCUCUUUGAGACCGUUUGUAGAAUGAGCUAAGCUCUGGUUUUCUUGUGAUCAUCUCUGUUUUAUUUUGAUCAUCAUUCGUUUUUUCCUCCCUUUUUGUACUCCCGAUUUAUGUAUAGCCCUGAAAUCACGGAAAAAAUUUUACUGCCAUGCGAGUACUUUCAAAGUGGGUAUUUGCACUUUCAUUGCACUGUUAUUGCUGCAUAGUUGCUAAGUUGAGCAAAUUCGCUAUUAGCCAAUGUCAUCUUGCACAUUGUUUAUUGGUGACAUCUUGCCAAAUACGCUUUGCUGUGUAUAGGAACUCGCAAGGGCAUAUUUCUAUAGAAUGGUAGUGGCUUCUUGCUUUUUUGUUGUCGUUUUCACUGUAUAGCCAGUGACUGCAGAUUGCCACUGUUGCUUAAAAGGAGUAAUGACGUGGUGUUUCCGACCUGUCAUUCUUGUGGUAAAUGAAAUUCUAUCCCCUUAAAGUCAUCGAAAAGUUAUUGGCAAGUGUUGUAGCACCCUAAAUACUUCACUAUAAUACUUGUUUCUAUGAACCAGUUUCAUUACCCAGGGGUUAGGUGCAUUGCGACGUCAAAUUUCACUGGCUUGCUGCAGCUGAUAAACACGAGGGCAGCCAGGAGAAACAGGCACAGCACUCUCAUUAUUUUUUUUUGUAAGAGAAGUCUUCGUGGCUAGCCUUAUUGCUACGCAAUGGUAGAGCUUCUCUCUGUGUCGUGAUGUCACGGUAAUGUCGAUAUCGCCAGGUGUGGUGUUUUUAUCACCAGCUUUAGCGUCAAAUCUCAUGUUUUUCCUACCUCUCAUAUUUGCUGUGUGUCAUUAUAUUGCAUGUGAGAAGCAAUCGGUAGAAAUUCUACAGGCUCGAAAAUAUCUGCCGGUGCUCCUGUAAUGCGUUGAGCAAUGCCUUGCACAACGAAUUCGAAAGAACAGAGUCGACAUACUUUAUCCACGUAUACUUUAUCCUCACAUGCAUACAACCCAUUGACUCAUCCACAAUCCUGUUGGAGAAAAACAAAAUUAUGAUAGCCUGUGCUGAAUAUAAAAGCACAGAAUGACGCCCAAAUCUAAAAGAACCCUGCACGAUUAUAGGCACGACGGAAAAGCUCCGAAAAUGGGAACAAAUUACCACUUGAAAUGCUGUUUCUAUUGUAGCAUAAUGAUGAAGCACACAGAAAUUAAUUGUGCCACGAGGCACAAAUUUAUGCGUAAUGUUCACUUUCACUUUUUCAAGUUACAUUUAUUUUUUUUCGCUUUGGGUUAUACUGUGAGAAAAUACGGUGUAGAAAGAUUCUGAGAUCCAUCCUUCUGCAUUUGUGACACAUAAGACGGGGUCGUGCCGUAAGACUAAUCUCUGGUGCCAAGGCUAGAGCUGCUGUACAGCCUGAUCUCAUAUCAUGUUGUGAUAAACGCGUUUGCUCCUAGACACUUUAUCGUGUCUUUAACCUUAGAAGCAGUGUCCAUCCAGACCCAUGCAACAGGCUUGAAUGUCUAUGGAUUUUGAAUUUUUUGUUUCUUAAAGAAGGAGAAAGGGUGCAGAACUUUGGGCUCCCUUCGUAAGCCCUUGCCUCUGGGUGUGCAUUCUAUUCCAAUUUUUUCUUUUUAUGCUUUAUUAUUCGGUCAAUAAGCAUUAUGCUUAUGUUGCCAUGAGGAUUGGCCAGUCAUGAGCAGUGGAUGGUAACAAAGGAAUUGUUCAAAAGGAAUCUUCAACUAGCACAGGAGCUUGUGCCUCUUUCGGAGGCACUUUUCAGCCCAUUUCUGAUUCUUGUUUUUGUUUAGCUGAAUAAUAAUAAGCCAACUGCCCUGAUACCUGUAAGCUUUAUCUCCUACUAAGUAUCAUGUGUGAUGACAAGAUGACAAAAUAGUAAUGUGUGGCUAAACACUGGACAUUUUGCAUGUGGUAGUUAUUUGUGCUGAAACGUCGAUUGACCAGGGCAACAAUUCUCUAGAUGCUCCGAUCACAACAGUUUGGUCCCGAGGAACGCGAGGUAAUUCCUAGCUUCAAGUUGUCGUGCCGUCAAUGUCAUAGCUCUAGUCACUGCCUUUCUGAGGAAAGGUAUCCAUGGUUGUGCAAGGAUAUCUUCAUUCACAGCUGCUAAGCUACGGCUGUAGUGAGUAGCCGUACAAGCGUCUCAAAAAGGGGUACCAUCGCACAGUCUGUUGCCUUGGGAAAUCACAAGUUUAAUUUAUCGCAAUAAUGUUUAGGCUGAGCACUAAUCAUGCAUGGCGGGUAUUUUCAGUUGACUAAGCGUGGUAAGGGAAUGACUACAGUGCAAUACUAUAGGCACUGCGCAACACAGUACGAAUUUCUACACUUUUUGAGGUGUACUAUUGUUGUAUAGUAGUAACAAUGAUUUCAUUGUACAGUACCUCUCAUUAACAGAGGAUUUAAGCCUAAUGUAUACAUAUAUUAUUGCAAUAUGUUCACGACAUUGGGCAUGUAGAUGGGAACAGCAGUACUGGUAGUGCUGUCUUUGUGUGUAAUGUAUUAAAUUGUUUUAAUGAUUGCACUAACUCUUCGCUUGAAGUGAGAAAGCAGGAAAAAAAAAAUCUUUGUGCUAAUUAUGUAGCUGCUCUCACUACAACACUAAGCACUACAGUCACUCAGGGUUGAACACAUCUCACAUGGAGUUUCUAUCUAGGGGUCACUGGUGUUGUGUUAACUGUACUAACAGAGGUAUGUACUAUACAGCAGGUUAAAACACACACAAUGGUAGUGCAGGUUGUUUUACUUUAGAUAACAUAACAGUGUUGGCGUGCAAGUGGCUAGGAUACCGCAGCAGAAGAGGUAACGUAUCAAGAAUGGUGAUGAUUGUACCCUUACGAGAGAAGCUUAUGAUACUGAUAGUGCUUGUGUUUUGUCUCAUGCCUUCUGAGCGUGUAUUUUUCUUGUGCACCAUAUGUUCAGUGAUGAAAUAGCGAACUAGCCCAGUCCUACCACUUGUUGCACGAUUCUGAGAAGCCUAUUCUUUUCACAAAAGCACACCUCAAAUAGUGCAGCGUUUCUUUCUGUGCUUUGUGCAGCCAGUAUGUGGCUGGGGUUUUCAUUUUCUUGUUUUGAUUUCAUAAAUCGUGUUUUGCACGCAGAUGUGUGCAAAACAGUUCACGCUCUUCCUAACGUUACUGUUGAUUUUAGAGAAUAAAGAUGAUAUAUUUUAUCGAUGUUAUGGAAGCCAUGCGGCAGCCAUCUCGAACUUGUUUGGUUGCUGCUGACAGUUUGUCACUUGUUAUCCUGAUUUAGUGAUACAUUUGUAGCAUGACCGCUCUUUAUGCACCAAUGAAUUACUAAACCGAGGGACAUACUCUGGUUUGUUCUCUCUCAAGUGGUACCUGCAUUGCAAACUGUUUGCAUAUUAUAUUUUUAUUUGAAUAAACGGUUAUCAUGCAA